UUGCAUAGUAUAAUUUAUGUGUGUGUUUGUUGGUUAGUUUGUUUGAUCAUUCAUGAUGUGACUAAGGACUGAUCUUAUUCUGAUUCAGAGAAAAGAAUGCAGUAUUAUAUUGUGGAAAAAGUAUGAAAAGCCUGUUUUGUUUUGAUUUGAAAUUAUGUAAAGAUAAAGUUCAUUAAAACUGUUUUAUUCCUCAGUGGAAAGAAGAAUUGAGACAAAUGAAAUGUUCUUUCGUUUAUGCAGCUUCCUGCGUCCCCUUUUCUCACUUGUUAAAGUACCUACAACAUUACAUAUGACAAUCCAAAAUUUCCUAUUAAAUAUCUUACAAAUCAAAAUGUUCCCAAAAAACUAUAUAUUUGAUUAACUUUGUCUUCUGCAUAGAUUAUGCCUAGUCUCAAAGAAGUUUGAAGGGAAGUAAUGAAACACACUGACCCAGUCAUAUAAGCAAUAACAGUAGUAAGGGAGAGAGGGUGGAGACUAAGUAAACUUUGCUCUGAGAAAGCUAAAUCUGUAAGAAGGAAACGCUGUUGGAAAAGGCUGUCACGUAACACUUUUAAAGAAUGGAUCUGUCGCGUCCAAAGCUGUUUGACUUCCAUGGUGUGUCUAUGACACAUGUUUUCACGGACAACUGGGACAAAGUCCAUAACUUCAAAGCUAAACCCGAUGAUAUUGUUGUUGCCACUUAUCCCAAAGCAGGCACCACUUGGCUCUGCUACAUUCUUGACCUACUGUAUUUUCAUCAGACGUGUCCUGAGCGUGAAAAAUCUCUCCCAAUCUAUGAGAGAGUGCCAUUUUUAGAGUUGAUCUAUCCACCCUAUCCUACAGGAACAGACAUGGCAGAUACACUGCCUACCUCUCCUCGCCUCAUCAAAACUCAUCUGCCUGUUCAAUUUCUACCCAAGUCCUUCUGGGAGCAGAACUGCAGGAUAGUUUAUGUUGCUCGCAAUGCUAAGGACAAUGUUGUUUCCUAUUUCCACUUUGACCGCAUGGAGAGAAUACAACCCGAGCCAGGAGACUGGAACAGUUUCUUACAAAGAUUCAAAGAUGGAAAGAUGGUGUUCGGCUCCUGGUAUGACCAUGUGUGUGGAUGGUGGGAAAAGAAACAGACGUACUCCAAAAUCCACUACAUGUUCUAUGAGGAUCUGGUGGAGGAUACUGGCCGUGAGCUCAAAAACCUUUGCUCCUUUCUUGGUUUAUCCACAUCUGAAGAAGAGAGGAAGAAAAUCAUAGAAUGUGUUCAGUUUGAUGUCAUGAAGGCGAAUCCUAUGACUAAUCUCACUGAUGAUCAAACACUAGACUUCAGUGUCUCUCAAUUCCUGCGUAAAGGUAAAGUCGGUGACUGGAAGAAUCACUUCACUGUGGCUCAGAAUGAGCAGUUUGAUGAACACUACAAGCAGAAAAUGAAGAACACAACUUUACAGUUCCGCACAGAGAUUUAGGGUGGUUUCUGGAGAAAAUCAGGAAAAUGUAGUUGAAGCAACAAUGAUUCGUUAAUAGGCAGUGGUAUUAAAUCGACCUCAAUUCAUAAUCUUUAUGUUUAAUCAUCUUUCUCCAUGUAUUCAACAAAUCAAUCAGGGUUAUCAAUCAAAUCAAUCAGUAUGUUAAUGUAAACAGGCUACUCUUGUAUAAAACAUAAAAUUGUGACAUUGCAUAAAACAAUCACUUAUUUAUGCAUAAGUAUUGUUGAGGUAGGGGAUAUGACCUACAAUUAUUGUUAUUAUUAUUAUUAUUAUUAUUAUUAUUAUUAUUAUUAUUACCGUUGAUAAUAUGCUUUGUAUUUUCUCUAGGAAAUGUUAGCUCAGAAUGAGCAGUUUGACAAAUAAUCAGUUUGACAAACACUACAACUCAACUUUACAGUUCCGCACACAGAUUUCGGACAUCACGAGACCUCAGAAUUGUAAUUUACAGGAAUAAUAUUUUUGAACAAUUCAUUUUUCUAGGAUACUGAUUUGUACAAAGCAACACUGCUUCCUAGAUUUUCUCACUCUUUAAAUGUCUACAGAACAUUUCUGCAGCUCUUUUGUUAAAUAAACAUUAUCGGAUAAGAAGACAUUUAGGCAUUAUUUAACUGUGAAUUUUCUCCAAGCAAUUUGACAUAAUUUGAGUUUAUAAAUUCAAAUUAGAUAUUUAAUUCCAUUUGUCACACAGGUACAUGCUUGUAAAUUCAAUGGAAGCUUUAUUUUAAUGCACCAACAUACAACAUUUAUAUUGCUGUAGAAGACAAUGAAAAAAGAGGGGUUUAUAUGAAAGAGGCAAUAAGACCGAGGUCCAAAGUUCCAAUGCUGGUAAUGACCAAGCCAUGAUUAUGUAAUAAAUAGAAUUGACUAACUUUGGGCUUUGGCACUCUCAUUUCAGCAUGUGACAUUUUCAUAACCAAUAAUUUAGAGUCUUGUACACAGAAUUUGAGUGACAAAUAAACUUUGGGCUUUGGCUCUUUCAUUCCAGCAUGUGACAUUUUCAUAACCAACAAUUUAGAGUCUUGUACACAGAAUCUGAGUGACAGUAAAAAGAGCAACACAAUCUAAAAGGGUGUGCGAAAGGGCCAUGCAUUAUUGAAAAAUGCAUAAAUGAGUCAGUGGAGACAAAACACACAAAUAAAGUAGUCUUUUAAAUCCUGUAAUAAUAUCUCGUAGUUUGACAACUCCUUUAAGAAGAAUAUAGUUAAUGCAUGCUCAAAAGGUUUUUAAAAAAAAAGUUUUCAAAUGUUUCAUUGCAUAGUAUAAUUUAUGUGUGUGUUUGUUGGUUAGUUUGUUUGAUCAUUCAUGAUGUGACUAAGGACUGAUCUUAUUCUGAUUCGGAGAAAAGAAUGCAGGAUUAUAGUGUGGAAAAAGUAUGAAAAGCCUGUUUUGUUUUGAUUUGAAAUUAUGUAAAAAUAAAUUUCAUUAAAACGUCUAACACACUGACCCAGUCAUAUAAUCAGUAAAAGUAGUAAGGGAGAGAGGGUGGAGACUAAGUAAACUUUGCUCUGAGAAAGCUAAAUCUGUAAGAGGGAAACGCUGUUGGAAAAGGCUGUCAUGUAACACUUUUAAAGAGUGAGUCAAACUGUUUAAAUAUUUGUUUAUUUGGUAUAUCUGAGCAUGUAAAGUACACAUGCAUACUUCAGUUAUACAUGUUUUUAGGAAUUAAGUAUUGCAUCACUGUGAAAAUUCAGAUUUGUGGUAUUGUUUAUUGCUGUUUAAUGCUAAUUUCAAGGGGAUAUUAUUAGGUUGUCGCAUACAUAGAGUGAGUCAUACUAUUUAUAUAUUUGGUAGCAUGUUGAGUCAUAUACACAAACCCGCCUGUUGAAUAUUUGGAUUUGCUAUUCAUAAGCCAGACUGGUUGCUGCUCUUAUAAAAUAUCUCUGCAGUUUAGCUGCAAACAUUAAAGGAAUGUUGGCUUGAGUGUGGUGUUCAUUUCUGAUUUACUGUAGCUCUGGAAUCUAAACAAAUACAACAGUCAGUGAAUGUGCAACAUCAAGACCAUUUUAAUAGAUACUUAAAACAUAAAGGAUAGACAUAUAUGGGGACAAAACAUUGGUAAUACACAGCACCAGUAUAUUCCUGAGCAAGUUAGUAGAAGCCCUCUACAAAUAUCUAUGUUCCAGCGAUCUCUCUUCCAGAUGGAUAUGUCGCAUCCAAAGCUCUUUGACUUCCAUGGUGUGUCUAUGAGACAUGUUUUCAUGUCCAGAACUUCAAAGCUAAACCAGACGACAUUGUUGUUGCCACUUACCCCAAAGCAGCACCACUUGGCUCUGUUACAUUCUUGACCUCAUCUCCAGAGCUCCAGCCUGAGACCCACGGGCUCCACCUUGAGCCCCUGCUGGCUGCGUGGUAGCUGUUGCUCCACACCCAAGCCAGACUGGGGAUAUCGUGUCAUCUCCCUACAGUAUGGAAAAGACCACCCUGCAGCUGUACCCUGGAGAAUAUGUCUUCCUGGCCCCGUUAGGGAUGACAGUCGAGUGAACUUGAAAAUUCUUAGGAACAUCUGGUCUGUGUGUCCAGGACCCCCACCUAAACUUAUUUUGCGCUUCGGGAGCUGCGAGUUAAAGGGGGGAUUCUGUCAUGGAAAUACCGGAAAGGGGAAUAGAGACUACAUUUCCUAUCAGACAGUGCACCUCACAUGACCACAUCACAUGACUGUCUGCACCUGUUCUCAAUUUCACACUCAUUACUGUGCACCUAUAUAAGCCUCAUUAUGUCAUUACAUCCCUGCAAAGUAAUUGCUCGGUUUCCUUUCCUUUGUGUUCUGUCAUUACCAAGCCAUCCCCCCUCCCCUGUAUUGUUAUUCUGGUUUUUUGACUUUGUUUGUUCCAUGGUUUUUGUGUUUUGGUUUCUCUGAUAUUCUGCUUGCUGAUCACAUGACUCUUUUGCCUGCCUUGACUCUGAACUUGCCUCACUUAUUGGAUUAGUUUGCUGGACUUUAUAUAUUAAAACUGCUUAACUGCAUUUGCUUCCAUCUCUGCCUCUCCGUUGUGACAGAACGUGACAAGGCAAAUUUCGUCCAUUCUGUUCCAAAAGGCUUUCAGUUCAACAUUGUAUAUUGUUUCUGACCAAUUAUUUUAAUUAUCUUCAGUUUUAGACUUAGUCAUUAUGAUUUAAGGCUUUACAUCUAGCACUCGGCUGAAAACUGAAACUGACCCAGGCCUACUAUAAAAUACCUGUGGUUUCAAUAAUGAAAAUAUCAAUAUUUAUAGUAAAUUUUGUGCUUAUUUAACUACAUUAAAUUGCAGACAUGGUGGUUUUUGAGCACAACAAACUAUUUUCAGAAUUCGUUUCACUGAAAGCAGCCCCUCUUCCUCAGAAUAACACAAAUUCAUAAGUUUUCCUGAAUGCACUUAUAAUAAUGCUGUAUUAUGACCUUCUGAAAAGCUGGUCUACAGUACAGUUC